UGCUUUCAUGCAUGGAGACUAAUACUUUCAUGCUUUGCUUUGGUGUUAUUAUUAUUUUGCACGUUUUACCAACAAUAAUAUUGUGAUAUUUAAAUAUUUUAUUAUAUAUAUACCGUCAUUGAAAUUUGAAUUGUCAAACAGAAAAAAUAUCAGUAAUGUUAUGUAUAUUUUGUAGCCUAUAUCGAGAAGUUGCUUAUAUCAUUAUCAAUUAAAACUACUUUAGUUUUUUUGUAAGUUCAGCCGGUAAUACGAAAGGCGUUAUUAUGUUCUUUUUAUAUAAAAAAAUUCUAAACCCAGAAAUGGUAAAGUUCACAUAUUCAAUUAUAAUUAUUUAUGGGUCCCAAAUGAUGUUAACUCUUGCCGAACAACCUGCAAUAUCUGAGGAGACAAGACAAGAGCUCCUGCUAUGCCGCAAGUGUGGAAGUGACGUGGCCGACUCUUAUUACUUAUUUAAUCAGCAAAGUCCCGGAGCUCGUAAAAGUGAAUGGAGAAAAUUGUUUGGCAAAAGCAAUGUAACUGUGCAAACAUUAGUAAAUCCAUUUGGUGUUCAGUUUGAGAUUGUUACUACAGAAAAGGCCAGAUGCCACAAUAUAGGCAAUGCACAAGGUGCUGACUCAUGGUUCCCUGGUUACUCAUGGCGGAUCUGCACAUGUCCCCACUGCGGGGCACAUAUUGGCUGGACGUUCGAGAACUCUUCAUUAGGGGUGAUGGACAAGUCUAUUCCGGCUAACACGUUUCAUGGAUUAAUAUUGAGUAACAUCUUGGGAGAGAAUUUUACAGAUUCCCUGAUAAUGAUGCCAAAUAUUUAUAAAAUGCAAUGACUAAAUGAGCAAUAAAUUUGAAAUACCCUAAUAACCUUUGUGAGUAUAGAUAGGUAUACCAAAACCAUUAAAUUUAAAUAGGUA